GGACUGUCCGCGUGAUUUUGAGCGAGUGCUGCAGAGCGGUAUGCUGUAGGGAGCUGGCGAAGUCUGGGGAGUCGUCCUGGGGAUCGGUGCCUCGGUGGACCCUCGGGGCCCCGCGGAGGCCUGAGGCAGAGUCACUGAAGUUAUUGUGAAAUUAGUUCCAGACUCCUGACCCUAGGAUAACAGCGCACUUAUAUGAAACCAUGGCCGGCUAUAAACCUGUAGCGAUUCAAACAUAUCCUGUACUUGGUGAGAAGAUCACCCAAGACACUCUGUACUGGAACAACUAUAAGACCCCUGUUCAGAUUAAGGAAUUUGGUGCAGUGUCCAAAGUAGACUUUUCUCCUCAGCUUCCAUAUAACUAUGCAGUCACAGCUUCUUCGAGAAUCCACAUUUAUGGCCGGUACUCUCAAGAGCCUGUAAAAACCUUUUCCCGUUUUAAGGACACAGCAUAUUGUGCGACUUUUCGACAGGAUGGUCAGUUGCUCGUUGCUGGCAGUGAAGAUGGUGUAGUUCAACUUUUUGAUAUAAAUGGGAGGGCUCCCCUCAGGCAGUUUGAAGGCCACACAAAAGCAGUUCAUACAGUAGAUUUUACAGCUGACAAUUAUCAUGUGGUCUCUGGAGCUGAUGACUAUACUGUUAAAUUAUGGGAUAUUCCAAACUCUAAAGAAAUCCUGACAUUCAAAGAACAUUCUGAUUACGUGAGGUGCGGCUGUGCCAGCAAACUGAACCCAGACCUUUUUGUAACAGGAUCAUACGAUCAUACUGUGAAGAUAUUCGAUGCUCGGACAAAUAAGAAUGUUCUCUGUGUGGAGCAUGGGCAGCCAGUGGAGAGUGUCCUGCUUUUCCCCUCAGGAGGGCUUCUGGUGUCUGCAGGAGGCCGCUAUGUUAAAGUCUGGGACAUGUUAAAAGGAGGACAGCUGCUUGUGUCUUUGAAAAAUCAUCACAAGACUGUGACAUGUUUGUGUCUGAGCAGCUCUGGACAGAGGUUACUCUCCGGCUCACUGGAUAGGAAAGUGAAAGUCUACAGCACCACCUCCUACAAAGUCGUCCACAGCUUUGACUACGCAGCUUCAAUCUUGAGUCUGGCACUCUCUCAUCAAGAUGAGACGAUAGUUGUAGGAAUGACCAACGGAAUACUGAGUGUUAAACACCGGAAGUCUGAAGCAAAGAAGACGUCUCUUCCGAGGAGGAGGAGGCCUGCAUAUCGAACCUUUAUUAAAGGAAAAAAUUACUUGAAGCAACGGGAUGACAUCAUGGUCAGUAGGCCAGCAAAGAAGCACCUAGAGGGGUAUGACAAGGAUCUGAAAAGCUUUCGGGUCUCACAGGCCCUCGACAGAGUCCUGGAGCCUAAAUGUGUGAUAAGGACCCCUGAGGUGACAGUUUCCAUCAUAAAGGAGCUGACUCGGAGAGGCGUCCUUGCCAAUGCUCUUGCAGGUCGGGACGAGAAGGAGGUUACCCGGGUCCUUAACUUUUUGAUAAGGAAUCUGUCUCAGCCGAGGUUCGCCCCUGUUUUGAUUAAUGCAGCUGAGAUCAUCAUCGAUAUAUAUUUACCUGUGAUUGGCCAGUCAUCAGUAGUUGAUAAAAAGUUUAUAGUACUUCAAGAACUUGUAGAAAAAGAAAUUGAUUACCAAAGAGAACUCCUAGAGACCUUGGGGAUGAUGGACAUGCUAUUUGCUACCAUGACACGGAAUGACAGCGACCCUGUGCCGGAGCAUGUGCCCGCUGAACUCCCAGAGGAGAAGACAGAGUCACCAACGCAGCCCAGCGACACGGACAAGAACUCCUAACUGGGUGUUGUUUGACUCUAUUAUGGAGAAGAAGGCAGCUUCAGUACACUCAAAGGAUAAUUAAGAGAAGUUUUAUGGAAGAGACUGGAUUAAUUAAAAUUGGGACAUAAGUACCUGUUUCAAGAUGUGGUUUUCCAUGUAUUGAUUUAUUUUAUGUUGCCUUCAGCUAGAAGAUCUUAGUUGGCUUGGUCACAGUGUCUGUUUACCCUGGAUGUGUUAAUUCUGACCUUAAUGGAGCCAAAAUCUCUGUUGCCGUGGGGCCUCGUGGCCCUCUGGAGAGGUUUCCAAGCGGACAGAGUCCUGCCAAGUGAACAGAGCCCCGGUUUUGUUUCCUGCUUCUAGCCUGGGAAAUAGGAAGAGCAAACAGCAACAACAAAGCAUCCAUCGCUGUCCCCAGUGUCCUGGGGAGCUUCCUGUCCUCUCGCUGGUCACUUCAGAGUCUUGAGUCAUAUGCCUUCCUCAGCUGUUUGUGGGACUGUCUUCCAAGUGUGGCGGAUCACUGAAUAUUGCCCCUGGAAGUGCGUUUAGGGUGUGAUGAGUCUGUUUUGUCACCUAAAAAUUGUGCCCUCCACCAGUGUGUUCUUUAGCCUUGUGUGUCCAGAGAGCUCUGACUGAACCAAUUCCCGCCCCUCAGCCUGCUUCCUUCCUUCCGUCUUCACCGUGCUUUGGUUGUCCUCUCCUCUAUAGUAAAGGCCUUUCAGCCUGCCCAUGUGCUUUGGCAAAGUGUAUCAUGAAUAUGUAACCCUCCAUAACGAUUCUCUUAUCUGUCCUUCACAUUUCUUUUUCUCUGUCCUUCACUUUCUGGGUCAGACUCAAACGGCAGCAGUUUGCUUUGAGAAUUUAUGUUUCUGAAAGUUCAUUGUAAAUUAUAUUUUUUUAUAAAGAGAUUCUUUUCUUCUUGGCUUUCUGAGGUGUUCCUGAUGGGCAGUCAGUGGCUUUGACCAGCAUACUGACUGCACGGCUGUGACUUCCGUGCCUUCCUUCAGUGACCCCACUUAGGUUAAUAAAUGUCUGGUGAUGGAAUCCCGAGCCGAGGAUGUCCUUGGGGGAAAGAUUGUAAUGAUUCUGCCUCAUAAUCUCACUUGUGUAAAUUUAGGGUUUUUUUUUUUUUUCUUUUUCCCAAGACAGGGUUUUUCUGUGUAGCUUUUGCUGUCUUGGAAAUCACUGUGACCAGACUGGCUUCGAACUCAGAGACCCACCUGCCUUUGCGUUUCAAGCGCAGGAAUUAAAGGUGUGUUCCACCAUCCAACUAACUGUAGGUUUUCUGAAAGCACAAGGGGGUACAGUAAGACUGUUCUGAUGUGUACCCAUGUUCAACAGUAGGUACAGCGUCCUUUCAUGAGCUGAAGCAGUUCUGCAGUACAGCGGCUUGUGAGGUGCCUGGCUUGCUUUGAGUAAGGAAUUAUUUAAAUAACUCUUGUUAGGUAUGCAGAGAGCUUACAGGAGCAGUUGCGAGUCUGCUGGAAGCUGUAGCUGCCAUCUCCUGUGCACCUCUGCAGCGUUUCUUGGAUCAUUUCAUUCUUGUCAUAGCUAUCCAAGGGUUGAAUCAUUCUCUUAUAGAACCCUGAAUUAAUUAAAGUCACUCACCUCUCCACGCUGCUGUCCUUAUCAUUCCUGCACUGGGCUGGUCUGUGAGGGCCUUAACUACUCGUUCCCUUUGACAGACGAGAGUGCUGCAGCUCCUGUAAGGAAUGUGUAGUAAUUACAAACCCUUAAAAGGACCAGGGACCUCAGAGUCCUCAAUGUAGUUGUGUUCAGGAGUGGGCUUUUGUUUUGUUUUUUAGUGACAGGCUUCUCCAGGUAACCCUGGCUGUCCUGGAAUUCACUAUGUAGACUGGGCUGGCCUCGAACUCACAGAGAUCCACAUGCCUCCCAGCCUUCCAAGCGCUGGGAGUUAAAGGUGUGCACCACCACAGCUCAGGAGUUGUUUUUAUAUUCCCUGAAACUAUUACCUGCUAUGUGAAGUGUUUUAACACAAUAACAUGUUUCAAUAUAUAAUGUUGGCUUUAAGAGUCAAAUGCCUAAUCAUUUUUAGAUUUGUGAUUUUAAGUUGGGAAGUAUUUUAUACUUUACUAUUGAUGUAAAAAUAAUGAAUUGUUGCUGGGAACUAGUCAUUUUUGUUUAAUUUAUUAUGUUAAUUCAGAUUUCUACAUAUGGAAAAGGAUUGCUUGUUUCCAGUCAAAUUUCUUAAAUGUCUGUGCUCUUAAGUUGCUGAAGCAACUGAUGUUAAAUGGGACCAUUAGAAACACUGCUGAUUUAACUUAAAUGAAUUUUGCCAAAUAUU